UAAAACAAUCGCGAGGAUGUUUCGUGGGAUCUUGUAUUGCUUCUUGGCGGUCCACGGUUGCGCGGGGUUGAACUCGGGGGAUCUCGUGCCACCCGGAACGAAACUGUUCAUGGACCAAAUAGGGGUAGAAUGUACAAAAAAAAUUGGCAUUCCUCGAGAUUUUGUGAAGAGCUACGAGUUCUCUGAUCAAUCGCGUGAUGCCAUGUGUUACAUGGAAUGCCUGUUGCAACACAUCGAAUUGAUUGAAUCCGACGGCCAGACCAUGCAUUUUGAGAAAAUGAAAUCGAUGGUACCUCCUGAAAUUGCUGACAAAGUUUUGCCAGCGGUAGAUAAGUGCAAGGAGGAAAUUGAAAUUAGCACAGAGGCCUGCAGAACCAGUUACAAUUUCUUUAACUGCAUUCACGAUAACGUCCCAAGGCUAUUUUACAUGGGCGGUAGUGCCUAAAUGCAAAAUAAAUUACACGCAUGUCCAGUUUCAGUAUUCGUAAUUUGAACCUUUCCCUACAUGUAGGUAUAGAUCUUACACAGUGAAUAAGCCUUAAUCCUG